GUGGCUGCCAGUGGGAGCAGACAGACCCCAACCCCACUCAAGACAGGAACGAUACUGGUCCCCACCUCGUGGACACCUUGUCCUACAGGAAGACUCCUGCGUAUACAUGAUUCCUCCUUGUGCAUUAUAGUGGUAGUGAAACUAUUGCUUGGAUCCUAAGUCUCCGCUUGGUGGAUUAAACUGCAUAAGUUGGUGUGAUAGGAGAUGGCAGUUUCUCCAGGCCUUCUCCGUCGAGCAGCAGAGGAGAUGGCAACGUCACCAAGCCUUCUUCGUCGAGCAAUGGAGGAGAUGGCAGCAUCUCCAAGCCUUCUCCGUCGAGGAGGAGAGAAGAUGGUAGCAUCUCCAAGCCUUCUCCGUCGAGAGGAGAAGAAAUGGCAUCUUCCUCAAACUCUCUCCGUCGAUCAGUACAAGAUAUGACUAUUAGUAGCUGCAGCAGUUUGUACACGAUUAAGAUGCUGGAGUUGCCUAGGAUGGAGGUGGAACGUCAGUUUUCCGACGUACGGCUCCUUGUGGAGUCCACAAACGGCGUCAAGGUGUACAGUGCCAGGCGCCUCCAGUCUGGCAACAGCGUAGUUCUGAAGUGUGUACAGAAGAAGAACUCAAACAUGAAAGACUUUAUCCGUGAAUUCCACUACAAUUAUUGCCUCAGUGACCAUCCCAGUAUUGUCAAAUGUUUCGACGAAGCCUUUGAAACAGCUGAUGCUUAUGUGUUUACAGAAGAAUAUGCUCCGGUUAGUGAUCUCUCCAAGUUUGUGAAAGUGGGAGGCAUCGGGGAGACCAGAGCCAAGAGAGUGGUAGAGCAGAUCUCUCUGGCUCUGGAGUUCAUGCGCCAGCAGGGACUAGUCCAUCGCGAUGUUUGCUUAGAAAACAUCUUCGUGUUCAACCGAGAAGUGACGCGCUUCAAACUGGGCGACUUCGGCAGCACCCAGCGCGCAGGAGCUCGCGCGCCGAAGAUGAAUGUUCGCUCCCCUUGGGCGCCACCGGAAACUUACAACGAAGGCUACCACGUCCACAGCGGCCAGGAUGCCUGGCAGCUUGGCAUCCUGAUUUUUAUGUGCCUCACGGGUUCAUAUCCUUGGUCCUUGGCCGACAUUUCAGAUCCUAAUUAUAACUCGUGGACGGCUUGGCACAGGCGCAGGACCACAAAGGUGCCGUCAACCUUCAAAUGCUUCACCCCGCACCUUCUUCGCCUCCUGCGACGCCUACUGCAUCCCAAACCUGAGAAACGUAAGGUCGUCUGCAAAGUGAGCAAGUAUCUCUCUCGUCCAUGGCUAGUGAAAGAAGCACAGAACUUCGCCAUCUCCUCUGGCAGCCAGCCGGAAUUCCUCUUAAAUUUGCCACUGUUCACCCGCCUCUGGUGGAAACUGGCCGAUAUGUUUCAUUCCCACGUACAUCACCCGACCGCUCAUCUCAAAGGCAACAAGACCCAAGUUGCAUCUAGUCAAUCAACGUCUUUGACGAUGCUUCAGUGACAAGCAUAGACUCUAACAAUUCUCUCCUAGGCCAUCAAAAUAUGUCGGACCUCAUCAUGACGUCCGGAAAUAGCUUCUUUGUCCUGAUGUAAACGACGUCAGCUGUUUACAUCAGAACAAUACAGGACGAUACAGUGAGCUUCCAGGAGGGACGCUCACUGUAUCGCCACAAGCUUAUGUUCAUCUCAUCUGGAUACCUACUUACCUAUAUCUCACUUGGAUACCUACCUACCUCUAUCUCACCUGGAUACCUACCUCCAGUACUACUACAAUACUUAGCUGAAAGCUUGGCAGUAUUUAUUUUUAAACUUAGAUAGUAUCUUCUACUUAAAAAAAGUACAAAUGUGCACAUAUGUACAUGUAAUAAGCUUA